AUGACAUCAACAUUUGACGAACAAGCUCAAGUCGAUGAGAAUUACUUUGGUCAAGUUAGACUAAAAGAUGACGAUGGUAUCGAUUACCAUGACCCAAAGAAUAUAUUGACAAUGAAGAAUAUACAUAAAACUUAUUUAUUGGGUAUUGAAGGUGUACCUGCUCUAAGAGGUGUAUCGAUGUGUAUAAAGAGAGGUGAUUUUGUUUGUAUAUUUGGUACAUCUGGUGGUGGAAAGACAACCAUGUUAAACAUUAUUGGUACAAUCGAUAAACCUACCAAAGGUGAUAUGAAGUUGUGUGGGAAAACUAUCAAUCAUAAAACAACUGAUAAGGAUUUGGCAUUCUUAAGAUUAAAAAAUAUUGGAUUUGUAUUUCAAACAUUUAAUUUAUUAUCAUCAUUGACUGCAUUGGAGAAUGUAGAAAUGCCAAUGAUUUUAUUGGGAGAGUUGAAUGCUGCCGAGCGUCGUGAACGUGCCAUUUCACUAUUGACAAAGGUUGGUAUGAAGGAUCGUGUCGAUCACGUUCCUAGCCAAUUGUCGGGUGGUGAACAACAAAGAGUAACCAUUGCAAGGGCAAUGGCAAAUAACCCCGAUAUAUUAUUAUUGGAUGAACCAACAGGUGAUUUGGAUACAGUAAAUACAUCGAUUGUAAUGAAACUGUUGACUGAUUUGAACCGAAAUGAUGGUGUUACAUUGGUGAUGGUGACACAUGAUGUUGGACUAAAGAUGUAUUCAGACAGAGUCAUUUGGAUGCGUGAUGGAAAGAUUCAACGUAUCGAGACGGUCAAUCCACUCUCUAAAAAGGAGCAGUUUGAGAAACUGUACCGCGAGAUUGACCACAUUCAGAGCAGUCAAAAGGGUGGUGUACACAGCGUCAUCACAAACAACAACAACAAAAAGGUGACCGAGGUACGACGUCCUAUCGAUUACAAGUCGAUUGCUUCGUUUACAGCUGCCGGAGGAUCACUUACAGGUGCGUCGUCAUCCAUGAACAAGAAACCUAUCCGCGGCAACAACAUCAACAACAAUAAUAAUAACCCUAAACCAUUUAUUGUUGAGAGUUAUAGUAAUAGUAGUAGUACAGUUGAUUUUGGUUCAACCUCUACAACAUCUACAUCUAACAACAACAAUAAUAAUGGUAAUAAUAAUAAUAAUUCACACAAAUAUCGUCAACAACCACUUUUAAAUAUAAAUGAUGAUAAUGAUGAUGACGACGACGAUUAUAAUCAAGAUGUUAGUAGUGAUGAUAUCAACAAUAUUCGUGGUCGUGAUAAUAGUUAUUUGUUUGAUGAUACUGGUCCAUCAUCCUCAUCUUCAAAGUAUUUUGGUCAAAAUAACAAUAACAACAGACAACAACCAAUCGCCAAUACCAAUGAUAUUUAUAUAAACAUUAAUCAAGCUUUGGGUGUUGGCCAAAAUAAUAAUAACAAUAACAAUAAUAAUACAGUUGAGAAUUUAACCAAUGAUUUGGAUGCGAUAUUAUAA